AUGCGCAUCUCCCACCAUACCCACCUCUCCGGCGUCGCCAUUGCAAAAGUGGGGCAGCCUCCGGUUAUCGCCAAGCCGGCGGAUCCACCAUCGCAGGGCAUGUAUGCCUGGUUCAAGAGUGAGAACGCUGGAUCCGUAUGGCGCAGCUCUGUGGGAGACUUUGAGGGCCAUUGCAACAUGGGCAGCGUCUUCCGGCGAGUGGCAGCGGGCAAUGGAGCCGAUCGCCCCGUUACCUUCAUCGAAGGCUACACAUGGUCAGGCUACGACUUCGGAAACGUGAUUCCCCCGACCCACACAGUCUGCGCCGUCACUCGGUACAGCGGUCCGCACAAGGGGCGCAUAUUGCAGUCCAGAUCUCAAAACAAUUGGCUGCAUGGCCACUGGGCUCGUCAAGCCGGUGUUGCGUACUACAAUGGUUGGCUCACUUCUGAUUCAAGAACUUUAGAUGUUGAAGAUUGGGUUGUGCUGUGCGGCACCAACGGUGCACAACGAGCAUUCGAUGGCUUUUCGUCCGGCACCCCGGCCAACAUUGCAGCGCACAACCCGCACCCACCGGUGAAGUUCACGGAGACUAUACCUCUGUACAUCAACCAUGGCUGGGAUGAAAAGUCUGAGUUUCACGUCAUGGAGGUGAUCACCUGGGACAGGGUGUUGUCGGAGGCUGAGAUGGUGGCCACGGUCGACUACUUGAAGUGGAAGCUGAGGGCAGGUGCCGUGCUCGAGGCGUCGGAACAUCUUGCCCCGGAGACCGAAAAGAAUUUUGACUCCUGGGGCAAUCAACAUUUGGACGAUGUGAGUCACCAAACUUUCGAAGUGGACCUGGCUAACGGUUACAAAGCAGACUUGACAGGGUGGCCACAUACAAGAGAUUACGCGCGCGGCUUUCUCACAAACAAACACGGGGUAUCCACUGCAGUCGUGAAGGGUCUGACGCCAGCGGCACAGUACCUCUACCAGAUCUACAUGGUCCAUGAGAGAACCGAUUGGGCAGGUGAGGCCAAGGUGUCCGUGAACCAUGGUGUGCAGGGAACGUGCCGUGCGAAUAGCCUCAACGAAGCCAUGUUCUCUGGGGUGGCAGUGGCUUCGCCUCGAGGUGAGAUCAACUUCGAGUUCGAGCGCGUCUCCGUGCAUCUCGACCUCUCCGGCAUCGCCAUUGC